AUGCAGAACAGAGUACCAUACAGAGGACAUACGACAAAUGUGAGCCUAGUGAUGACGUUCAUCCUCUCGGGCCUUCCCCACGCACCAGAGCUGGACACGGUCCUCUUUGGAAUCUUCCUGGUGAUCUACGUCCUCACUGUGGUGGGAAAUCUUCUCAUCAUGCUAGUGAUUAUAGUGAAUCCCCACCUGCACACCCCCAUGUACUACUUCCUGAGCAACCUGUCCUUCAUUGACAUGUGGUACUCCACGGUCACUACGCCGAAAAUGCUGAUGACCCUAGUAUCUCCUGAAGGCAGUCCUAUCUCCUUUUCCAGCUGCGUGGCCCAGUUCUACUCCUUUGACUUUCUGGGCAGCACCAAGUGCUUCCUCUACACCGUCAUGUACUAUGACUGCUACCUGGCCAUCAGUUACCCCCUCAGAUAUGCCAGCAUGAUGAGUGGGAGGAUGUGUGCCAUUCUGGCCACAACUACAUGGCUCAGUGGCUCUCUGCACUCUGCUGCCCAAACCACACCGACAUUCCGUUUGCCCUUCUGCAGACCCAACCAGAUCCAGCAUUACAUCUGUGAUGCACCGUCUAUCCUCAAACUGGCCUGUGCAGACACGUCCACCGUGGAGAUGGUGAUCUUUUUCAACAUUGGGUUGGUGACCUUGGGCUGCUUUCUUCUUACUGUGCUGUCCUACAUGUCUGUCGUCCAUUCCAUCCUGAAGAUCUGCACCUCGGCGGGGAGAGGGAGAGCCUUCCAGACCUGUGCCUCCCACUGCACUGUGGUCCUUUGCUUCUAUGCUCCCCUUGUUUUCAUUUACCUGAGACCAGGCUCCAAAGUUGUGGAUAGGAUUGUGGCUGUUUUCUACACUGUGCUGACACCCCUUCUGAACCCUGUGGUCUACACCCUGAGGAACAAGGAAGUGAAGAAAGCUCUUUGA